GCCGGACUACCCGCCGCUCGAACCUACAACAUUUCUGACAAUCUCGCAUCCCCUGCGUAGGAUACCAAAAUGGUGCAACUCAUAGGCGCUGCAGCAGGCCUGCUAAAGCCCUGCAAACGCUACAUCUGCACGCACGACAAGAACGGGCGCAGCGUCUACGCCGAAUCCCCCGACCAGCUCUUCAACGGUGUACCCGGAUUCGGCGGACUGGCGCGUUCAUUCGCCGUAGCCUCCGUGCCCGCAAACCUGGCGAACGAUCAAGACAUCAAAGCGUACCGGGCAGAAUCGGGAUCUACGAGCUACCAGGGCCGCGAAAUUGUGAACAAGGAGCCCUCUGGCGUCAAUCUUGUAGUUGUGGAUCUGGAGCCGGGGGCGAAGGGUACGAUGCACCGGACGGUGUCGAUUGAUUUUUCCAUUUGUGUGCAGGGGGAGAUUGUGCAUGAGCUGGACAGCGGCGAGACGGUGACGCUACAUCCUGGAGAUCACAUUGUGCAGAGAGGGACGAAUCACCGCUGGCACAAUGCGUCCAAGACGAAGCCGGCGAGGUUCGUGGCGGUUGCGCUGCCUUGCGUGCCGUUUGAUAUUGCUGGUGAGCCGCUGCGGGAGCGCCAUAUUUCGAGCGAUAAGUGGGACAAGAUGAAGGCCAAGUUGUGAGCUGUUGCAGUGUUGGUCGUUCGUUUCUGCCUUUCACAGCAAAGCCCGGUCCGUAGUACAAACAGCUCCUUCACCUCCAU